UGUCAGGAUUCGUAUGUGUCAUUGAACCAUGACGGUGUUGAAGAGAUACGUGCUAAGGCUGUUCAUAUCGCUGAGAGGUCGAGGGCAGAGAGGUCGAGGGCAGAGAGAUUGGUGCCAGCCUGCAAUGCAAGGCAUAUUCAACAGUCAUUUAAAACUUGUAGCCAGCUUUUCUCGGUACCUCCAAGUUCUUUGCCACCAUACCGAUUUGAAUAUGGGAACAGUGGGAUUGACCUCGAUGGUUUAUUCAAAUCCUGCACCAAACUCGAACAUGCUAAGUGCAUUCACACACUUAUGCUGGUAUCGGGAAAAGCUCAAAGCAGCUUUCUUUAUGGGAAACUCAUUAAUUUUUAUGCACAGCUUGGUCCCAUCUCAUUUGUGGAAGACAUUUUCAAAAAGAGCCCAAGAUCGGACGUCUAUUUGUGGAAUACUAUGGUAUCUGCUUUUGUUCGACGUGGUCACUUCCAUAAAGCGGUAGACUGUUUCCACCAGCUUCUACUGACCUCUGGUGUGCGACCUGAUUUCUAUACCUUCCCUCCAGUGCUGAAAGCCUGCAGAAAUCUAUUUGAUGGAAUGAAGGUUCAUUGCUCCAUCUUGAAGCUUGGCUUUGAGUGGGAUGUCUUUGUGGCUGCUUCCUUAAUACACUUGUAUUCAAGGUUUGGGGUUGUGGAAGGUGCUUGCAGAUUGUUUCACAAUAUGCCAUACAGAGAUAGUGGUUCAUGGAAUGCCAUGAUUUCUGGAUAUUGCCUGAAUGGAAAUGCAGCAAAUGCAUUGGAACUUGCAGAUGCCAUGAGAUUAGAGGGGGAGAAGAUGGAUGCUAUUACCGUCGCUAGUACUCUUCCUGCAUGUGUACAGAUGAAUGAUGUUGUAGGAGGGAAGUUGAUGCAUUUGUAUGCCGUCAAGCAUGGCUUGGAGCUCAAUUUGUUUGUCUCCAAUGCAUUAAUCGACAUGUAUGGAAAAUUUGGCAGGUUAGGUGAUGCAAGGAGAGUUUUUGAGCAGAUGGUUAUCAAAGAUAUUGUCUCAUGGAAUUCUAUAAUUGCUGCAUAUGAACAACAUGGUGAACCCAUCGAUGCUCGUUUACUAUUUGACAAUAUGCAACAAUUGGGAAUCCAACCUGAUGCAUUUACACUUGUUAGUUUGGCUUCUAUUGUUUCUCAAUUGAGUGAUCACAGGAGUGGCAGGUCCCUACAUGGAUUUUUACUCAGGAAGGGAUAUUUUUCCGAUGCUGUUAUUACUGGAAAUGCAGUGGUGGACAUGUAUGCCAAAAUGGGUACAACAGAAUACGCAAGAGCUGUCUUUGAAGGACUCCCUAUUAAAGACGUGGUUACGUGGAACAGUUUAAUUACUGGUUAUGCUCAGAAUGGUUUAGCAAACGAAGCAAGCAAUAUAUUCCAUAUGAUGGAAGAGUCGAAAGAUAUAUCCCCAAGCCAAGGUACAUGGGUUAGCAUAUUACCUGCUUACUCACAGCUAGGUGCCUUGGGGCAGGGGAUGCUAAUUCAUGCUCGGGUUAUAAAAGACUCCAUGUGGUCAGAUAUUUAUGUUGGAACAUGCCUUGUUGAUCUGUAUGGAAAGUGUGGUAGAUUGGAUGAUGCUGUGUCUUUAUUUUAUGAAGUGCCUAGGCAAAGCUCUGUUCCUUGGAAUGCCAUAAUAUCUUGUCACGGAGUUCAUGGACAUGGCGAGAGAGCUCUUGAAUUCUUUCGAGAAAUGCUUGAUGGAGAAGUGAAGCCAGAUCACGUGACAUUUGUUUCUCUACUGUCAGCUUGUAGUCAUUCAGGUAUGGUAAGCGAUGGGGAGUGGUGCUUCUGUUUGAUGCAGGAAAAAUUUGGAAUUAAGCCUAUUUUGAAGCAUUACGGUUGCAUGGUAGAUUUGUAUGGCAGAGCUGGUCUCUUGGACGUGGCGUUCGAGUUUAUUAAAAGCAUGCCAAUGAAGCCUGAUGGUUCCAUCUGGGGUGCUUUGAUCAGUGCUUGCAGGAUUCAUAGGAAUGUUGAGCUGGGUAUAUAUGCUUCGGAUCGCUUGUUCGAAGUCGACUCGGAAAAUGUUGGGUACUAUGUUCUACUGUCGAAUAUGUAUGCGAACGCUGGGAAAUGGGAAGGAGUUAAUGAUGUGAGGUCUUUGGCUAGAGGAAUGGGGUUGAAGAAGACUCCCGGAUGGAGCUCGAUUGAAGUAGACAAGAAGGUCAAUGUGUUCUACACAGGGAACCAGACUCAUCCACAGUGUAAUGAAAUAUACAAGGAGCUGAAGGAAUUGUGUGAGAAAAUAAAGGCCAAGGGUUAUGUUCCCGACUUUGGUUUCGUGUUGCAGGAUGUCGAGGAUGAUGAGAAGGAGCAUAUCCUCAUGAGUCAUAGUGAGAGGUUGGCGAUUGCAUAUGGAAUAAUCAGCACUCCACCCAAAAGCUCCCUUAGGAUCUUCAAAAACUUGCGAGUCUGUGGAGAUUGCCAUAGUGCGAUUAAGUGUAUAUCCGAUAUCACAGGUAGGGAAAUUGUUGUCAGGGAUUCCAACCGUUUCCAUCAUUUCAAGGAUGGAAGUUGUUCCUGUGGGGAUUACUGGUGAUGCAGACAUUACUGUGUAGCAUAACAUUUAGCUUGUGAACCUUUUCGUCCAUUAUGCAAUCCGUUGCAUGAACGUUAACUGAAUUGGGGGAGAGAUUUGGGGCGUUUUAUUUGUUAGUAACUCAAGUAUGCCAACUGCUGUUACACUGGCCAGUUCACCACUUUUGCUCUGUGUGGCUUCGUCUGUGCUUAGUUUGAUCUCUUUGCUGGGGAGAUGAUGCAGAUGAAGAGGAAGAGAUGGGAAACACUAGGUCAUUGAAUUGACUCGUGGAGUUUACUAUUCUAGUUUGAAGGUUUAGUUUUGUUUAGGCAUAUAUGUAAAUUGAUACAACUCGAUGCGAGUGAUAGUUGGCUUUCAGAUGCUCUUAACUUUCGUUCUACUUGCAGCCCAUCUAUUCUAUCCAAAUGUUCCGGUAGGAAUAUGUACAGUAGACAUAUCCAUCUGCUGCUCCAUUUUCUUUCUCCGAUGUACAGAAGGAGGAAUAACAUGUAUUUCAGAUCUAGUCUCUCAUUGAUGCAUCUCUUCC